AGGAGCCACAACAAGUUCCCGACAUCUGCAUCUGUUACCUCAGGUGGACUAUUUUUCUUUCUAGGAUGAAACGGCACAUCUUGUGUCUGCUGUGGGCUCCUUCUGUCUUUUUUCUGCAAGCCAGGUCAGUCCUGUGCAAGGAGAUGAAACUACCUGGCGGCGCACCCAGACCGCCCUCGCCAUCUGACUUCCUGGACAAACUGAUGGGUCGCACAUCUGGCUACGACGCUCGCAUCCGCCCCAACUUCAAAGGACCUCCUGUGAAUGUCACCUGUAACAUCUUCAUCAACAGCUUUGGCUCCAUUACCGAAACCACUAUGGACUACCGGCUCAACGUCUUUCUGCGCCAGCAGUGGAACGACCCUCGCCUGGCUUACAAAGAGUACCCGGAUGACUCGCUGGAUUUGGACCCGUCCAUGUUGGACUCCAUUUGGAAGCCCGAUUUAUUUUUCGCCAACGAAAAGGGAGCCAACUUCCACGACGUCACCACCGACAACACGCUGCUCAGAAUAUUCCAGAAUGGCAAUGUCCUCUACAGCAUCAGGUUGACAUUAACCCUCUCGUGCCCUAUGGAUCUGAAGAACUUCCCCAUGGACAGCCAGACGUGUAUCAUGCAACUGGAGAGCUUCGGUUACACCAUGAACGAUCUGAUCUUCGAAUGGUUGGACGUGGGUGCCGUGCAAGUUGCCGAUGACCUGGUGCUCCCACAAUUUGUGCUCAAAGAGGAACAAGGGCUGGGCUAUUGCACCAAGCAUUACAACACAGGUAAAUUCACCUGCAUUGAGGUCAAAUUCUACCUGGAGCGCCAGAUGGGCUACUACUUGAUCCAAAUGUACAUCCCCAGCCUGCUCACGGUCAUCCUUUCCUGGGUGUCCUUCUGGAUCAACAUGGACGCGGCUCCGGCCAGGGUCGGCCUGGGGAUCACCACCGUUCUCACCAUGACGACUCAGAGCUCCGGAUCCAGGGCGUCUCUGCCCAAGGUGUCCUAUGUCAAAGCCAUCGACAUCUGGAUGGCGGUGUGUCUUCUUUUUGUGUUUGCCGCACUCUUGGAGUACGCGGCCGUGAAUUUUGUUUCCCGGCAGCAUAAGGAGUUCUUCAGACUGAGGAAGAAGCUGAGAGAGCAAGAGCGGCAACGGACUCAGGGAAGUGGCGACAGUAAGACGAAAGGCAACAUGUCAGGCAAUGACGCGGCCCAUGGGAGUGUGGGGCAGCAGUGCAGCGCCUGUGCGAGGGAGGAGGAACUGGCACGCCAGGGUUUACUCUUCCAAACUUUCAGCCUCGGACUUGCCCCAGAAAUGGAUGCGACUCCAGUGUUUGCCGAUUUACCCCCUGGUUUAGGCUACUACGAUAUCAGGCGACGCUUUGUGGACCGAGCCAAAAAGAUUGACACUGUCUCUCGCGCUGUCUUCCCUAUGAGUUUUCUGAUGUUUAAUGUCCUCUACUGGCUUACCUACAAGGUCCUACGGCAUGAAGACGUCCAAUUUAAACUGUGAGCCCGCAAGGACAAAUGUCACAGAAACAUAAGCGUGUCAGCUGCCAUGAAAACACGCUACUCCUUAGUUAUUAUUAUUAUUUUUUUGUAUUAAUUAUGUAUCAUUUGUAUUUUUAAACAGACACUCGCAAGCCAUAUUGUAUAGCACUCGUCAGUUAUGUCUCGGGUACAAGCGAUAACCUUUUAAAGCAACACUAGGUAAUUGUUCAACCUUUAUAAAAUAUUUUCAUAACAUUUGCGAUGACACGUCGACUGGCAAAUAGUUGAAUGACACCUCUUUUAUAUUUUGAGGAGGUCUGUAUCGCUUUCACUGGCACUAAGUAACUUUGAGGAGGGUGGCAGGAACCCCGCCACACAAAAGAACUACAAAUGUGCUGACUGCUUUACGGCAUACGUCAAUUCCCCCUUUCAUUAUAAAGAUGGAAGUCAAACCGAACGCUUUCGCGUGAAUAGGGUUAAGGUUUAGGCUUUUACUUGCUGGCGUGAAGCCCCCACCUCAACCAAACUCGUCAAAGUUGAUGAGUUCUGGUGGGGCAUAGACUUCAUAAUGUAUUGGCGGGUUAGAUCGGUCAUGCGCCUCGCAUUCAAGUCGGGGGCCGCCCACAUCAAGAGGAGCUAUUCACAAACACACGAACGGACGCAGCGAUCUAACGCCGGAUUACUGUUGAAAAAGUACGAAAGCUGUACCGCAUACAAACAGGAAGGAUUGUCUCGGGAGUUAUCGGUUCGAGGUUUCAAGGUCAUUAUUAUAUUUUUUGUACCAUGCAUGCAUUUUGAAACGUUGUUAAAAAACUCAAUGGGAGAAAUUAGCCGCUACGGCAUUGGCGUCAUAGUUCACAAUAUUUACGUAAAGUAAAUGCUAACUGCACAUUUUUUUUCCUUUUAAUCAAGAAUUGAGACUGUUUUACAUCCCUAUCUAUAAAGAAUUCAGGGAUUUGAGCAUUUAUUCACAAGAAUUUUCACCAAAAAAGCUAUGUUUACAUCAGGCGGCUGCUAGCUACAUUUACUAACAGACUACCAUUGUACUUCGACAUAUUUACGUAAAUUGAAUGCUAACUGCUCAUUUUUUCUUUUUUGGCUUUUAACCAAGAAUCGAGACUGUUUUACGUCUGUAUCUAUAAGGAAUUCAGCGAUUUAAGCAUUUAAUUCACAAGAAUUUCUACCGGAAAAGCUGUUUACAUAUGCCGGCCGCCACAUUGACUGACAGACUAGCAUCGUACUUCGACAUAUUUACAUAAAAAUAAAUGCUAACUGCACGAUUUAUUUUGCUCUUAACCAAGAAUCGAGACUGUUUUACGUCCAUAUCUAUUAAGAAUUUGGGGAUUUAAGCAUUUACUCACAAGAAUUUUCACCGGAAAAGCUCCGUUUACAUCAGGAGGCGCUAGCUACAUUCACUAACAGACUAGCAUUGUAGACUGUUUUACGUCCAUAUCCAUAAAGAAUUUGGAGAUUUAAGCAUUUAUUCACAAGAAUUUUCAGUGGAAAAGCUCUGUUUACAUCAAGCGGCCACUAGCUACAUUCACUAACAGGCAAGCAUUGUACUUCGACAUAUUUACAUAAAAUAAAUGCUAACUGCACAAUUUUUUUUAGCUUUUAAUCAGGAAUCAAGACUCUUUUACGUCCAUAUCUAUAAAGAAUUCAGUGAUUUAAGCAUUUACUCACAUGAAUUUUCACCGGAAAAGCUCUCUUUACAUCAGGCGGCCGCUGGCUACAUUCACUAACAGACUAGCAUCGUACUUCGACAUAGUUACGUAAAAUAAAUGCUACCUGCACAUUUUUUUCCCGCUUUUAACCAAGAAUCAAGACUGUUUUACACCCAUAUCUAUAAAGGAUUCGGGGAUUUAAGCAUUUAUUCACAAGAACUUUCAACGAAAAAAGCUCUUUGUCUGUGAUUCCACUCGGUCAGCUUUGACGGCCUCGCCAACAAUGCAGGCCCCCUAUUUAUCAGCCCCGUGUUCCGUCAAUACAUUAUGAAGUCUAUGGGUGGGAUGUGGGGAUUAGCAACACUCUGCCACACAGUUGCUAACUGUCAUAUGCUAUUAUUUAGCCACAACCGGAUUUAUUACCUUAUUACUUUUCAUCCUUUACACAGCCACUGGAAACAGAAUUGUCGUUUAAUCCAUCUGCUGGUGACCGGGAGAUUGAUUUUUGAUUCAUUAUUUCACGACAACACUGUACGGGUGUGCGCUGGCCCUCAUGAGAAACGCAGUCUUCCUUAAGGCAAAACACUACCGCUUUUGUUCAUCGGCGAGGCUAAAAUCGACCAAAACUGAAAAGUUACAUGGUGUUGCUUUAAGAGGAGUCACGUUGAGAAUGGCGAAUUUCACAGCAGGGAUUCGCAUUUUAAAACUGCUCACAGUAAUAGGAUGUAUUUUUUUCCCAUUUUUUAAAUGAUGUGACUGACUCGCAAAUCACAAUAUUUGUCUAUUUAUUCCCUGCAAUGGGAGCUGGCCAUAUGUUAUUAUGCCUUUAACUGUGUUUAAACAUCUUUCAAUAAAUGCCACUG